AAGAAGCUCAGACUUUAAGUAGCAGAUGAGGGCAAAUAUACUGCUUGGAUUGCCAGCAAGAUCAGAAUGAACACUGGGCUGAAAGGGACUUCUCCCAGGGCUCAUUCCACAAUGUCGCUCUCCAUGCGGCCGCAAAGGAAGGUGAACUCUUCAAUCUCUAGAAGCCAAUCAUUUGCUGGAGUCAACUCGACCUACGACAGAACCAGACAUUUGACAACCUUUAACACACCAACAGUCUCUCGAAAGUCUGGCUCCAGAGUCAGAAGGAUGUUUUCGAUGUCUCAUAAAUCUCCUCCCCCCAAGGUUCCUCAACCUGACAGAGUGGAUGAAGUGUAUGAUGCCCUGAAAAAGGGUUUGGGAGCUUACCUAGAGGUCCAUCAGAUAGAAUUAGACAAGCUCACAGUACAGAUAAAGGAGUCAAAAAGAAACUCUAGGCUGGGUUUUCUGUAUGAUCUGGACAAGCAAGUGAAAUCCAUCGAGCGGUUUAUCCGAAGACUAGAAUUUCAUUCAAGUAAAGUGGAUGAGUUGUAUGAAUCAUACUGUAUCCAGCGCAGACUGAGGGAUGGAGCACAUAACAUGGUAAAAGCGUACACUGCCUCACCUGGUAGUAAGGAGGCGCGAGAAUCUCUUUCUGAGGCUGGAAAAGGCUACAAGGAGUAUACAGAGAAUAUGUGUGUAUUGGAGAACGACCUAGAAAGCCAACUGGGAGAGUUUCACAUUAAAAUGAAAGGACUGGCUGGCUUUGCAAGAUUGUGUGCUGGUGAUCAGUACGAGAUAUUUAUGAAGUAUGGUCGUCAACGCUGGAAACUGAGGGGGCGUAUUGAAGUAAAUGGAAAGCAAGUGUGGGAUAGUGAAGAAAUGGUAUUUCUCCCGCUGAUUACAGAGUUUUUGUCAAUAAAGGUGACAGAACUGAAGAGCCUGGCAAAUCAUGUGGUGGUGGGCAGUGUAUCAUGUGAGACCAAGGAUCUGUUUGCUGCACUCCCUCAAGUGGUCGCAGUGGACAUUAAUGACCUGGGCACCAUCAAACUUAGUCUGGAGGUCAAUUGGAAUCCGUUCGACAAAGACGAUCAACCCUCUGCUUCCAGCACAGUUAAUAAAUCCUCCACAGUGAACAAGAGAUUCUCCACAUAUAACCCCAGUCCUCCAGAUACACCUUCACUACGAGAACAAGCUUUCUAUAAUAUGUUGAGAAGACAAGAUGAUAUGGAAAAUGGAGCAGCAUGGUCCAUUUCAUCAGAGUCGUCUGAUGAUUCUUCCAGUCCCCAGUUGUCUUGUAGCACCCGCCAUGCACCAAAAACAAUUGUUCAACCAGAAGUUCAGACUUCUCCUCCAAAUAUAGAAAUUGCUUUCUCUCAACGUGAGGAGCAUCUGAAGACGACUGCUGAUAAUGCCAGUCAGGGAGAAGAAGAAGACGAGGAAGAGUCAGUGAAGGCAAAGGUGUCAAACAAGAGAGAAACUGUAGCCAAUGGCCACGUGCCAUAUUCAAGGACAUUAAGUCAUAUCAGUGAAGUUAGCUUUGAUGCUGGAGAGUCACAAGCAUUAGACAGUCCUGUAAUCCCACUACAUGUAGACAUUGAAAUAGUUCCAGAAGUUGCUGCUGUUACUCAGGGGAGCUGUGAGAACACUGCAGUUUUGCCCACUACUGUACAAUCGCACUUUCCUCAGGAAUGGGAUUUUAGGACAUCAAACUCUCAGGAUGAAGCUAAUUUAAACCAGGAGAGUGUUAAGUCAUCAGAGCUGGUGUCUUCUGAAAGACUAAAACCGGAAUUGCCUUCAAAUGUGGAGGAUAUUCCUUUGGUGGAAGAACUUGGUGAGGUCUUAAUGGAUGAGCAGCAAACAAAUGUGUCUGUUUCCCCCAUACCUUUUCCCUGUUUGGACACUGUUCUUGAAGAGCAUGAGAGUCCCAUUGUCGAGAUAGUAAACUCUGAGUCUGUAAAAGCAAAAACUGUGGAUACCGGUUUGAACGACGCCAUUAACUCCUUGACUUCCUCUCUGGAUGAUUACCGAGGGCAGUUCCCUGAAUUGCAAACACUUGAACGUGAAGUAAAACAUUUGGAAGAGCUACUGAUGCAAAGGCAGGGAAUUUUCCGGAGCCGUGCAUCAAGCAUAAGUCUGACCGUGGAGAAUGCACUGGAGAGCUUUGACUUCCUAAACACGGCAUCUGAUAUAGAGGACUCUGAGUUCUCUGAAGAUGAAGGUGGUCGGAAUGAGAGAAAGCUAAGCAGUGAUCAGCUAGCUGUGGAUGCUCCUGUACAAUGUGAAAACAUUCUAGAGGAUGCAGUAAAUUGCAGUGGUCUUGAGGGAAACUCCGAACCUCUAAGCACCGGUUGUGAACAUCUGGACAAAGCGUUAGUCAUGCAUCUGAAUAACUGCAGCACACUUCUUCUGCAACUGGGCAAAUUUGGGCCCCUUCGUUGUCGUGAGAUGUAUGCCUUAGAUAAGUUGAUGAGAGAAGCCCAGAUUCUAGAAAUUAUCUGCCGAUUAACAGAGGAAAAAACAGGAACUGCAAAUACUGCUGAAGAAGUUGUGCAGUUUUCUGUGUCUAAGGAAGGAGUUUUACCUUUUUGGAAUGAAUGUGUUCAGCCACCUAAUGUCUACAUGUGCCCUGUGGAGACAUUCAUACUUGCUUUAAAUACACAUUAUGCAGAAAAAAUCAAUGCACAUCAGCAGGGACUUGCAGAUGCAGUUUGUGUUCGAUUGGCAGAAGAGAUUUUAGAUAGGAAGCUUCCCCGGCGGCCCAGAUCCACUUACAGUGAACAAAUGACAAUCUUUCAGUACUGGGGUCAUUUUGAAGCUCUCAAUGUUCCUACUAUGGACAUAUAUAUCCAGGAUCAAUCAAGUGAAGUGCUCUUUGUCCAAAAUUUAAAUUCGGAUGACCAAAAUGUGGUUCUUAAAGCCUUGAAGCGAGUGCCUGAGAGCAGUGUGCAAAAGGAAGGGUUUAAGAUUCUGAGCUUACUACUCACUAAUGGAAACAGUAGAGUGAUAGCAGCAGUAACCGCCCUUCUACGAAGCUUCUCUGAACAACAGAAAUUCAGGGAACGGGCACUUGUGUGUUUUUUGGAGCAGCUUGAAGAUGAAGACAUCCAAACAAGGAUUGCUGGCUGCGCAGCACUGGGUUGUAUAAAGGCCAAAGAGAGCAUAGAACAACUAGUCUAUCUGUGCCAAUCCGAUAAGGAUGAAGUGAAAGAAGCUGCCAAACGUAGCUUGAUGUUAUUUGGUGAUGAUGGCAAAAUUGCCUAUCGACAUUUGGAAGAGACACUGGGCAGUUUGCCUCGAAUUUUCGCUCCUGGAGCCAUGGCAAGCACUGCAUUCUGAAAAUCUUCUAUUUGCUACUUGUUUAUUAGGCACCACAGUGACUUCUUUGUCGUAAUUGAGACAUGUGGCAACUUUUGGACCAUUUCUGGCAAUAUGGGAAACACGUGACAGUAUUAAGUGUAUACUUCACUACAGAGGGGUCUGAAGAUGAAGACUGCCUUAAAGGAGAGAUUUACUAAAUCCAAAAUGGUGACCUACCUCUGGCAGGGGCCAAGCAUUAUAGAUAUUUGGACAUGUGGUAACAGAAAAUACUAGAUAAUUUCUAAUCUGUAUAACUAACCAGACCUGUCUUUCCUAUCACUUUGGGCACAUCAUUAUGCAACAAAUUAAUUUCCCAUAUAUGAUAACUUAAUGACUAGUAGGUUUCUGCAGCAGGUAGCUGAAUUCUUUAACAUUGACAUUUGUUGCAUUUCAGUGUAAUUACCUGCCUCACACGACUGACUUUUAUUAUGUUUGUGGCUUAAUUCAACAUAAUUAAUAGUAUGACAUAUUUGAUCCUUUUUAUAAAGGAGAAAAAUAUUUGCCUUGUAUAGUAGGCUUCAUAUUUUACUUUUUAUAUUUUAAAGUGUUACUUUGGCUUGAAUAUCAGUCAGAUGGUCUGGUUUCUUUAUGUCAUAUGAAUAUGACCUUGUUUAAAAUCCCAAUGAAAAUUGGAAAUAAGCUGUGUUUUUUUUUUUUUUUUUGGUUUUUUGUUUUACUUUUAACAUAACCAUAUUUUUCUUUAUCAGAUCAAAAGUGAUAUAUCAAUAAACUAAAUAUGUAAUUGGUGGAAAACUCAAAGGAAUAUUUUAAAGUGAGACACAAAAUAUUAUACCGGUUUAUAUUUAGUUACACAUAGUCUAAUUUUAGUUGUUUUUUUCCUGCAUGUAAAACCAAAAUAUUGGUUGUAUCAGUUCACAGUAUGACCAUGAUCACAUGAGAUACACAACUUCUUAUCUGAUACCGGUAUAAGUGGAUGCAACACUGCCAUGGGCAUACUCAGGAUUGAGUUUCAGGUUCACAAUAUAUUUUACAUCUAACUAUAUAUUUCCCCUUAAUUAGAAAUGUUUGUCUGUUUUUCAAGUUUUUAUGUUAUGCUGCCUUUUUUGUUUUUAUAUUCACAAAUUUUAAAUACAUAAUAUAUGAUUUAUUUUUGUUUUUGGCAAUUUGAGAGGUAAAUACCUCUUGUGGUUUGUCUGGACUGUUAGGUGACUAUCAAAAGUUCAAGUGGAAGGAUGGAGUAUGCAUUCAUAUCCUUUAAUGAUGGAUCUUCUGUGCACGCCCCCAAUCUUCCUGUGCAAGUGAAAUUGACAUACAGACAAACUUCGUACAAUGUUUCCUGGUGUUCAUGCAGAAUGUGUUGUGAACCACUAUUGUCUAAAACCUUAAACAUUCUAA